AAUAUACCUGAUGAUAUCGAUGACGACGACUUAGUAGAAAUUGUAGAGCUAUGCGGCUCUUUCCUUUCUCUCCGUGGGCGGACCAUUAUUUUUAUCCAUCAAUCCGCGAAGGACUUUUUAUUAGAAAAUGCGGUUACUGAGUUGUUCCCCUCCGGAACGGAAGAUGCUCAUUACACGAUUUUUUUCGCGAUCAUUGGAGGCCAUGGAAAAGGCCCUACGCGCCGACAUCUACCUAUUAGGUGCUCCCGGAUCCUGCCCUCAUCAAGUGGAACAACCCGAGAAAGACCCUCUUAUAGCGUUGCGUUAUUCCUGUAUCUAUUGGGUCGAACACCUUUGCAACUCCCAGCUCGACUCGAAUACCACGUAUAAUGAUAGUUUACAAGAUGGUGGUCUAGUCGAAACUUUCUUGAGGAAGAAAUAUCUCUAUUGGCUUGAAGCUCUUAGCCAUUGCAAGACCAUACAAGAAGGAAUGGGUUCAAUCACUAGACUCCUAAAUAUUGUUAAGAGACGGCACAAUGCUACGCGGUUAACUUCGCUUGUCCAAGAUGCCCGUCAAUUCAUUAAUCACCAUCUAUUGACAAUUCGAGAAGCCCCUCUCCAGUUAUACAGUUCAGCCCUUGUGUUCAGCCCAAGAGAGAACCUAAUAAGGAAUCUAUUUAAAGAGGAGAUACCAGACUGGAUUAUGCAUGAGCCAAGCCACUGGCAUCGCUAUCCACAGCCAUGCGGGAGUCAUCAAAACCGAGUCAACUCAGUAGCUAUUUCGCCUGACGGCAGUAUCGCGGCGUCGGGAUCGGAUGAUGAGACUGCGAUUCUCUGGUCAAUCGAAACGGGGGAGUUACUACGGGUGCUCAGCGAUCAUAGCGACCGUGUCUACUUGGUACUAUUUUCACCCAACGGCAACGUCUUAGCUUCAGGUUCUUACGACGACACCGUGCGGCUUUGGGACGUCGAGACAGGAUUAUGUCUACGCAUAGUAGAAGUGGGCAAUCCAUUUUCGGAGGAGGUGGUGUUUGACCAGGACCAAUUCCAUUUUACUGAAAUCGACGAUACUAGUUCUCUUGAUUGCUUACGGCGACGGAUAGGUACAUAUAGCCGGUCGUCAGAUGAUAACGGUCGGAGCUAUUGUUUUGAUUACGACUUAAAUCCGGCAUGUGACUGGAUAACGUUAAACGGGAAUAAUAUCCUUUGUUUGCCGGUAUUUUGCGGGGCGUGGGUUUCAGCCGUGUCUGGCUCGGCUGUGGUAGUUGGUUGUGUGUCGGGGGAGAUUUUUAUUUUCCGAUUUGAUGCGAAGAAGCUGUUUAAACUACCAGGGUUUUGUUCGUGAUGAAUCUAGGACUCCGAUAUUCGAUUCCAUGUACAGAUACUUUGGUGGUACGCUAGAUAACACACGGAAAUCGAGAAGUGUUGCAUAAUUCAAA